CCGCUGUGACGAGGGUCGCCUAGCAACCGCCGCCCGGUCGGGGCAGAGCGGCCAGGCCUGAGGCCCGAGGCGGCAGCAGCAGCAACAGGGACCGGGCCCGGGUCAGUGUGGACAGCGAGGGGGUGACCCAGCCAGUGCGUCAAUAAAAAACAACACAAGACAGCGUGUUAGUCCCUGCAAUCAGUUCCAAUAAACGACAGCAACAUCAGCGGAUGAUCUUUCUGUCCUAGGUCUCCUCCAUUGUCGGAGGGAGGCUAAACGCAAAUUGGAGGAACAGCAUCUCAUAUUUCGCUUGGGCAGCUUACAGCCUAGUGCAAUCAUGCCUCUCCCUGAUGUUAUGUUCUGCGCUCAGCAGAUUGAAAUCCCCCCUGAGUUUCCUGACAUUUUAAAACAGUUUACGAAGGCUGCUAUCCGUACCCAGCCACACGAUGUUCUUCAAUGGUCUGCUGCAUAUUUUGCAGCUUUGUCUAAAGGUGAAACACUUCCGGUGAAAGAACGGUUUGAAAUGCCAGUGGCAACACAGAAAAAUGACACUGGCCUUACACCGGGACUUCUAAAGAUUCUGCACAAACAGCUAUCUCAAAAGAAUUUUGUUCCUGAGUUCAAGUUGGUAGAAAAAUGGAAAGAUUUGGGUCUGCCAAUGGAGCGGCUGAAAAACAUUCUACGAAUGGGCAAAUUACAAUUCGAGAUUGAAUGGCUGAAAUUCCUGGCACUUGCUUGCAGUGAUUUGGGUGGGUCGCUCUUCACUGCCUUGAAAUACGUCUGUGAAAUUCUAACAACUGACCCACCGGGUGGUGCUGCUCACAUUAAAAUUGAAACCUUCACUUACAUUUUCACCUACCUGGCAAAGAUGGAUGGGGAGUUUACAGAAGAAAAAAUUGAAGAAAUACUUAUAACCUUAGAGGAAGAUGUAGAAAAACAAGGUGGAUUGAUACAACCCAGAAAUUUCAAACACUUGCAAGUUAAAGAUCCAAAGAAAAAUGAAACACCUCAAUAAAACACCUGGUGUCUAAAAGUAGAACGUAUCACAGAAAACAAGUAACAUCUUUCUUACAAUCUUUUACGAUAAUUUGAUAAUGCUUAAUAAAAUACAUGUUUUCCAAAGGUGUUUGUUUUUGUACUACUCGCUUAAUAUUGUGGUUUAAAAGUAUUUGUUGGAAAGCAUUUCAGGACAUUCUGAGGAUUUUUUAAAGAAGAUAGCAAUGCAAAUAUUUGAUAUUGCCUCCAUUUGAGGGAUUCCAAAACAAAUGACCAUAACUGUAAGAUAACCACGGG